AACGGGCAGAGUGAAGCAUAGGCGUACGCUAUAAAAGCCCUGAAGCUGAGCAGUUCAACUAGAUCCGCUUGACCAUCUCAUCAAGGUGAAUCCCAAGACGACCAUGUUCUCCAAGGUGCUUCUCUGCUGUCUCGUGGCCUACGCGGCGGCUCAGUCCGAACCUGCUGCCCCACCCCAGCCGUACAGCUUCAGCUACGACAACACCGACGAGUACGGCACCCGCAUCUCCCAAGAGGAGACCGGUGACGAGAACAACAACAAGGUCGGCUCAUACAGCUACACCGACCCCGACGGCAUCAGCCGUACCGUCAAGUACGUCGCUGACGCCGAGGGCUUCCGUGUGACCAUCGAGACCAACGAGCCAGGCACCAAGACCUCCAACCCAGCCGACGCCCAGAUCGUGUCCAACGCCGCCGACGACUCCUACUCCGCCAACCCCCCUUCGUCCCCAGUCAAGCCUGCCCCCCUGGCCGUGAAGGCGGCUCCAAUCACCAUCCACGCCGUUCAGGCCACCCCCGUGGUUCACGCCAUUCACGCCGCCCCAGUGUCCUACGCCACCGCUCACCACGUCACCCCAGUGAUCGCCCUCUCUCACGCUCCCCUCACUUACACCCUCGGUCGUGCCAAGAGUGCUUAAGUACGUUUCCGGUUUAAAAUAGGGCAGUCAUUUCUGGAAACGGAACUUUAUUCGAUAAAGAUUAAAAAGUAAUCUGCGGUGUUCCAGCACACCCGGAAACUGAAAGUUCCGAGAACCCGCUCAAUAUACAGUCAGAAUCUUUGUAUUUUUUUUAGGUGCUCAUGCCGGUUUAGUUAAUGAAGCUGUCCUUCCCUGAUGUUUCACUUGCACUAAGAAUGAAAUAAAUUGAUUUGUUACCAAAAAA